CCUGUAUCGAUCACGUUGUCGACAGACCGCGUGGAAUGCGUAAAUCCACUACGCUUUUCGACGGCUCGCCUUCCUGACGUUAUCAUCUCUCCUGUUCUGCUAUGCGUGAGAUCGUGCAUAUCCAAGCUGGUCAAUGCGGCAACCAAAUUGGUGCCAAGUUCUGGGAGGUAAUAUCCGAUGAACAUGGCAUCGAUCCCACUGGUACUUACCAUGGCGACUCCGAUUUACAACUCGAACGUAUCAACGUUUAUUACAACGAGGCCAGUGGUGGUAAAUAUGUCCCUCGUGCCAUCCUUGUCGAUUUGGAGCCCGGAACUAUGGACAGCGUUCGCGCUGGACCGUUUGGUCAGCUCUUUCGGCCAGACAAUUUCGUAUUCGGCCAAAGUGGGGCCGGGAACAACUGGGCUAAAGGGCACUACACAGAAGGCGCCGAGCUGGUGGACUCUGUUCUGGAUGUUGUCCGUAAAGAGGCGGAGUCGUGUGACUGCCUGCAAGGUUUUCAGCUGACUCACUCGCUUGGCGGCGGAACCGGUUCUGGAAUGGGUACUUUGAUGAUAUCGAAGAUUAGAGAGGAAUACCCAGAUCGCAUUAUGAAUACUUUCUCCGUUGUUCCUUCUCCAAAGGUGUCGGACACAGUGGUUGAACCUUACAAUGCAACGCUGUCAGUCCAUCAACUGGUUGAGAAUACUGACGAAACUUUCUGCAUCGACAACGAAGCCCUGUACGAUAUAUGCUUCCGCACAUUAAAACUCACGAACCCGACCUACGGCGAUCUCAAUCAUUUGGUCAGCGCAACCAUGUCCGGGGUGACAACUUGCCUUCGAUUCCCAGGUCAGCUGAAUGCGGACUUGCGCAAACUCGCUGUGAAUAUGGUUCCUUUCCCUCGUCUGCAUUUCUUCAUGCCUGGGUUCGCUCCACUCACAAGUCGUGGUAGCCAGCAAUACCGUGCACUGAGCGUACCGGAGUUGACACAGCAAAUGUUCGACGCAAAAAACAUGAUGGCAGCAUGUGAUCCCCGUCAUGGACGUUACCUGACUGUGGCCGCCAUUUUCCGUGGUCGUAUGUCAAUGAAGGAAGUUGACGAGCAAAUGCUUAAUGUGCAGAACAAGAACUCCAGCUACUUCGUGGAAUGGAUUCCGAACAAUGUGAAGACAGCAGUUUGCGACAUACCUCCUCGUGGUUUGAAGAUGUCUGUCACAUUCAUUGGUAACAGCACCGCCAUCCAGGAGCUAUUCAAGCGUGUUUCGGAGCAGUUCACUGCCAUGUUUCGCCGAAAAGCCUUUUUGCAUUGGUACACGGGUGAAGGAAUGGAUGAGAUGGAGUUCACGGAAGCCGAGUCGAACAUGAAUGAUUUGGUCAGUGAAUACCAGCAAUAUCAAGAUGCUACCGCGGAUGAUGAUGCUGAGUUUGAGGAAGAGUUGGACGAAGCGUAACGCGGUUCGUCACUGAACGAAGGCGCCGUUCACCUCAACCUCAUGGUCCUAACUGGUAGCUUUAAAUAAAGAUUUUACACUUUUUCG